GGUUCAAAGGGUCGCCGAUCUAUUCAUUCCCUGUCGAACGAAUCCAUCAUUUCCGAUGAGCGCAUAGAAGAAAUCCUAUCGGAGGUACUUACGCAUAUGACUAGUGGAUUCAACACCCAGGCAACUAGGAUGGUCGUCUUUUUGAGGGAACAACACGAAAAUUCCCACGCAGUCGUCAAGGCUACAGUACUAUUUUACGAGGACCGAGCUCCGUUCACGCUUCUAGAGGCGAAGAUGCCCAUUAUCAAAGAUAAAUUCACUGAAUGGUCCGACCAUGCUAGCGGGAUGUGCCAGCUUGCUGUCUGGACGCUAUUGGAAGCAGAAGGCCUCGGUUGUAAUCUCCAGCAUUAUAAUCCGAUGAUUGAUGCUCAGGUCUCAGAACAAUGGAAUGUACCAUUGGAAUGGAGAUCUAAAGCUCAGGUGGUCUUUGGCAAGCCGGCUGGUACUCCUCGAGAAAAGACCGUUGAGCCUGUGAGCGGUCGGCUUUUCAUCCAUGGGAAGUAG